CUAAGAAUGUGAAGACGAUGAAGAGCGGUCGGCUCAUAGGGCAUUAAGGUAGGUAGGGCUACCGUAGGGCUGACAGGGCUGACAUGGCGGUCCGCUCCAUUAAGGGGUUAGCGUCGGUCGGCAACAUCGUAGGGUCGCAAGUCUUCAUCCAAUCCAACAUUGCCAUUAUCCGAUUUAUGUAUCCACUGCAGCCCGUUCGUAGAGUCGGUCCUCCCGUAGGCAUGUAGCGGUCUUGAAGUACACGAUAUGAAGUGCGAUAUACCUGUUUAUACUGGUCAUUUGGUCAAUUAUAUCAGAUUCCUUCACCGUCAAUCACCGACUGUCCACCUUACCCAGCCCAGGUAAACACCAGAGGUAAGGAAGCUCUUGUAGCAUUACGAAGGUAUGGCAUGUAAAAUGAAAAUGGCCGAAAUAUAAGGAAGCAACUCUGCUGUAAUGAGUCCAGUUCCAUUUCUUAUAGCAAUUCUCAUUUCCUCCAAUUCAUCCCUACUAUUCACUAUGAUGGCGUCGUACGUAAAAGAUCCAAGCGCGUUGCGGGGCAUCGGAGCAUGGGUCCAGUUCGUUGACGCGCCGCAGAGGAACGCCUCUCUAAAGGAGCUGGAUACCGAGUACACAGAAGUUCCCAAGAGAAAUAGAGACAGCAGUGAUUCAAAGAUCAGAGCAUGGGUGUCAAACUUUGACUUGGAUUUUUGGCACGAACCCGAUAACAUUCUGGACGAUGGAUUAGACCGUUCGCAUUUUCAAAAUCAGACCUCAAGUGGUGUUAUAGCCCGAGCAUCAACUCCCUCGGAGAAUGAUACGCAGUCAACCAUCUUGGCUCUAAACUCAGACUACAAUACCCCGACUUGCAGAAACCCCUUGUCAACAGAUCAAAUGGGAUAUAUUAGCGCGCAAUGAAGACUAGGUCGAACGUUUUCGAAUUAAGUCUUGCAUCACUGCCAGCGGUCGAUAGGAAAC